CUUCACCCGGAAGUGAUAGUGAGGGACACCGAGGUGAACCCCGUGGGUUUGUUUUCUUCUUUUUCUUCUCUCUCAAGGUUGUUUUGUUUUAUUUUUUUUGAGGAGCGGUUGAGGAGUUUAUGAAGAUAAAAAUAAAUGGCGGCUAAUCGAGGAAUCUUCUCUAAUGAGAAGGUCAGCAAACUGCUCAGCGGGAAAAACGGGAAACCGGUGCUGAAACCCAACAGGGCUCUGGUGCUGAAAGAUGUUGUAGCGAACCGCAAACCCAAGAAAGGAGAGGCCACCUGCGUCACGGAGAUGUCCGUCCUCAUGGCCUGUUGGAAGCAGAACGACUUUGUGGACGGUCUGUGCUCCAAUGAGAUCAGCAACUUUUAUACAUGUGUGAAUAAGGCAGCUGCACAGAUGAAGUCUGAAAAGAACAAAACCCAAGUAGGAGGAGGAGGUUUGACACCGAAACAAGCCACGACGCUGCUGAAGAGAUACCCCAACCUGACCAAAGAGAUAUGAGAGACAAACGUUUUACUGCGUCUGUUGUCAAGACGCGACACCUGAAAUACAGGAAGGUCAAGACUCCAGCAGCACCAGGAGUUUAUAAAUAAAUAAAGUUGUUCCAUUUACUACUUAGUGCUGCUGGAGUCUAGACCUUCCUGCAGUUUCCUUUCCUCCUCCCUGCACUUUGGUCGCAGGUGCACGUUCACCAGAACUUUCUCUGUGUCUACAACCAAGUCUUGGAACUGGACUUUAUUGUGAAAAAGACACAUCACAUUAUCACAUUACGUUUGGGAGGAAUUAGCUAUUUAUUUCACUUGCUCUCUCAGUCGAAACAAACCCGCUAUAAAAAUGAUUUAUCGUCAGUUACUGUGUAAGAGGGAACAAACAAAAUAAACAUGGUGUUAAAUAUU